AGAAGGAAAAAAAUAUGGUUUGUGAUUUUUUUAAUUAUUUUUUUAAGUCUUGUGAUUAAAACCUAGAACAACAAAGCAGCAACUUCGCAACUUCACAAAUCAAUCAAUCAAGUAAAACAAAUUGGAUUUGUAGAAUUACCGAACUCAACUGCCCGGAAAACGCUGCCGGAGUUGCUCAUCGACCGCCAGAAACAGGUGCAUUAUCAAAGAGCAUUGUUGAGGGGUAUUGUGACGGCAUAUUGUUAGACAGGAUUAUGGAACGUCCAAAUCAUGAUUAUGCAGCUGCGUCUGCUAUGGCAUAUGCUCAGCAACAACGACCGGCUGCUAAUAUGCAGCAACAGCAGCAGUUUGGAUUUCAUCCUCAACAUCAACAGUUUCCUUCGGCAAUGCACGCCCCACCUUUUAUACCCCCAGGUCCCGGUGCUGCACACCCCUCUAUGCAGCAGUUUCCAUUUCAUCAUGCAAUGCAGCAGCAACAGCAACUUCAGCAGUUGCACCAUCAUGGUCCUCCUCCACCUCAUCUUCUUCUCCAGCAACAGCAGCAGCACCAAGCACCGCCUGCGUUCCCUUCUCAUUAUCCUCCUCAUCUUGCUCCAUCACCGUUUUUUGACUCUGCUCCACCCCCAGUUGCUCCUCCUUCUGAUCCUGAGCUUCACAAGAGAAUUGACAAACUUGUUGAGUAUGCGGUGAAAAAUGGGCCUGAAUUUGAAGCCAUGAUUUGUGAAAAGCAACGAGAUAAUCCUUCUUAUAGUUUUCUCUUUGGCGGGGAGGGCAAUGCUUACUACCGUUUUAAGCUUUGGUUAUCAUCUCGACCCCCGAAUGGUCCAUUCAACCAACCAUUUCCACCGUCUUCCAUGUCAAUGAUCCAUCCCUCACCAAAUCCAAUGAUGAGCCCAUCUCUUAGUGGUCCUCCACUGAAUCCAGCUGGAAUUGGAUCUUCACCUUCAUUGCUAGGCCCGCCUCCUUUCCCACAGUUCUAUGAUCAACAACACCUCCAUCAACAUCCUCAGUCUUUUGGGCUUCAUGGUCGACCUGAGUAUGAUCAGUCAUCUAAGUCUUUCAAAGGGCUCUCUGGACCACUUCCAUCUGAUGUUGCAAUGGAACUGAGUAAUGUUCUUAACAGUUUGAAUGGUACAAAAGAAUCCAUUAAAGGUGCCAAACUUUGGUUCAUGCAGAGAGCUCCAUUUGCACCAGCUCUAACUGAGACUCUUCGAGAUAGGGUAUUUGCAUUGGAUGACGUUGAGAGACAGUUACAUAUAAUAUACCUUGCAAACGACAUUCUUUUUGACAGCUUAAAUCGGAGGACCAGCGUUCAUGACCUGGACAAUGAGGCCCUUGCGUUUAAACCUGUUUUAGGCGCUAUGCUCGCAAGAAUUUAUCAUAAUCCACAAAGUAAUGAAGAAUAUAGGAAAAGAUUGCAGCAGAUGGUGGAGUUCUGGGCUUCUAAAGAGGUAUAUGAUCAAGAGACUAUAUCUUUAAUGAAGGGUGAGAUGAUUGGUGGGCCACAGACAAAUUCUUUUCCUGCAAUAGCAAAGGACUUAUCCUCUGCUUCAGCAGAUUCAGGUGCAGGAAUACUUCAGACUCCAAGCCAUCUUAUCCCGCAGUGGCAAACUGAUAGAAUAAGCUCCGGUUCAAUUGUCUUAGAUCAAGAUCGUCCUGAUAAACUUAUGGGGCAAUCCAUGGCAGCUCAGCAAUUUCUUUCAAAUUCUGCUCCUCCCAGUGUCUUUCCAGGGUCCAUGAGUAUACCAUCUUCUGUUCAACCAACUAAUCAACCUCCUGGAGCACAUUUAUUGCCUCCUCCAUCUUCCGGAACAGGCGAACAAUUACCUCCGUAUCCACUGUUCCCGCCUGGCCUCAUUCCUGGAAUGGUUAGAAAGAUGCAGAUUGGUAGUGGUGUCCCUUAUUCUCCUAUGAGCCCUUUGGAUAUCCCAACUAUGAUACCACCGUCAACUGUACCACCAUCAGAAAUUCUUCAAAGAGUGUCCAAAUUUUUUAAAGAAAUUGGAGAGGUAAAUCCUUCUGAGGGUCCUAUGAAUUCUGAAUCAAGAGAUGAAGAUGAUGAAUACGAUGGAGAAUAUGAGAGAGAAUCUCAAGUGCGAAAGGGAGGUGCUUGCAUACCUCCACCCCCAAACUUGCAGCAGAUUGAUCCAGAGACAGGGACCUAUGCCGACGGGAGUGUAGAUCGGAAGCCAGGAUCAAGUGGCUCGGGAAGGUUGGGACUUGGCGCCACGGCGGAUCCAAAUGAGGUGAGUCAGUAUGAUGAUGUAUAUUCAUCUUACAGGAAGCAAAGAAGCACAAAUUAUCAUACAUCAAUGAGUGCUAGAGCAACAGUGAAAUGAAAACACCUGUAAUUAACGUCUCUUAACAAGUUUCACAUUGUUGAGUCAUUUGGGUGUUAGACUAGGUCUGUUAGCCUUGUCUUUGUUGAUGUUUCUUUGAAACUGGUAUGUUUUUACUUAUGAUCCAAUGUUUUUUGAUAUGGAUGAUUGUAUGCAUCUUUCUUUGAUGGAAAAGGCAGACUCCACAAACAUGAAAGCACACUUGGUGGUGAUGGGAUAAAGUAAAAAAACAAAAAGAUACUUUGAAAUUUUUCCAAAUUCAACACCAAACUAACAUUAGUUUGAUCUACA